AUGUCAGACGGAGAUUGUCCGUUAGUCGAUGUCGAACCGAAAGGAGUGGUUUACUUUAAAGCCCAGGAGCAUUCAGACGCUGAAGUCGACAUUUGCCUAACCAACUUGCAAGAUGUAUGCGUAUGGUUCAGGGUAAAGACCGAUUGUUACCUGCGAGAUCGCAUCAUUUAUGACUGGAUGCCUAUCGCUCCGAAAUCAAAGAAAUGUUUUAAGGUGUUAAUUGAUAUAUCGGACUACAAUAAUUCAACUGUAUCCAAGGUUGAAAUAAUUGUUGAAUGCGUGAGGGCAACCAAGUACCAUGAAGCAGCUCGAAAGUGGCAGGAGGCCAAUCCGCAAGAUACCAUGAGUUCAAAGGUGAUAUGCAUUCCCUGGAUGCUUGGUGAACUCAUUCUGGAUCCAAGGCAUGAACUCGUCUUUGACGCGGAUAAACCCAUAUCAUCCACUGUCCGUCUGACCAAUCCCUGCACAUAUCGGAUGUACUUCCACGUUCAAGCGUCAUCCAGUGAUCUCCGCAUUCGUCCCGAUUCUGGCAUUCUUUACCCCAAUGAGACGGAAGAGAUAAUGGUCUUCUGUAAACCCUUGGAAUGGAAUUACACAGAUGUGUUACGAGACCGCAUUAUAAUAAAAUCAUCAGUCCUGUAUCCCACAUCAUUUAUUAAACCUCGCGACACAAUUCUUACUGCUAAGACGACUGCUAUUCAGAAGAUAGACACAAUCCUCAAGCCUGCUGUUGAUGUACAUGGAUCGGCGUCAGCGCAACCGAGUUCAUUCCUCAGUCGCCAAGAUAUCCCGAUGACACAGAUUCCUGAUGAAAUCGCUGAGCUAUGUCAGGAGGUUAGGCGGCUGCAGCUUACGGAUUCAUGGUCCUGUUGCAGAGGUUUGAUCGGUGCUAUGCUAGCUGAGCUCAGCCGGCUACGCGAUGACGUGAAGCAACUCAAGGCUGAAAAUGUCAAAGGAAGGUCUGAGUAA